AUGACUCGUGAAUUGGCAAUUAUCAUUGGUCUCGUCUUCCUGGUGGUGUGUGUGACAUCUUCUGACUAUGCUGGCCUAUCCUUUAAGCUUACUCGUUCAGCCGACGACAAAUUUAAAAAUCCUACAGCGACAGGAUGCGACUGGCAACCAGAGAAUCAAAAAUUUUGUAUAGAUACUAACUCGCAAUGCCUCGGGAAUUGCUGUCAAUGCGCUUGUAAUUAUGACAAGUCGACUUUUGACAGAAGCACCAUGAAAUGUCGAAAUAACGAUGCGUUGCGUAGUGGUAAGUUUUUAUGACAUAAUGGCAGCAUUUCUACAUUAAGACUAAGAGACAGAUUAUCUAUCUCAGUAGAACCUAAACUAAAGAGUAAAGCCAGGAUGAAACAAGUAUGAGAGUACAUGAGAGUUGACAGUCACGCGAGCUUGGUUAGCUGUUCUUAAUGCUUUCCCAACACUAUCAUGUAUUCUGUUGAAGUUAAAACAUAGUUUCAACACUCAUCAAACCAUUAUUUUGUUAAUCUAGAGCUUGAAAUGUCCCAUGUAACAAUGCGUGACUUGUCAACUGUCAUUCUUGUUUGACCGGGGUUUAAUUCAAACACAAAUGAUCUUAGGGACCGGUCAUUAUUUAUGGUGGGGGGUGGCACCGAAGAGAAAUGUUUUUCGUGGCAAAAAUUUUGCUGACCCAACCAUUAAAAAGUAAAAAAUUUGGUUACCCAACCUCAAAUAUCAAUUACAAAAUAAUUACCCACCCCUGGCCAAAAACGUUACAAAAGGAUACCAUUCAGUUGUUACACAUGUCCUUUACCACUUCUGUGACAUGAGUUUGAUAACGGCUUGUGAAAUUUUCUGCAGUCUAAAGUUUCAUGUUGUCUGCACAUGUACUUUCUUUGGAGACACCAUUUGUUUUGUCAAAAUGAUCAAGAUAGUGACUCUGAUUGAUUCACAUAUUGUAUUGCCAAAUGACUGUUGACAUUGCUUUUCAGUCAACAAUAUUUUGAGGGUGAGUAAUGUUUUUGAAAUGACAAUAAAUUUUUAUUACCCAACCCUUGAGUUGUUUUGUUUUUCAUUUACCCAACCUUUUACUUACUCAAAAUUUUGUUUACCCAACCUUUUUCUCUUCGGUGCCACCCCCUGCCAUAAAUAAUGACCGGUCCCUUAUGUAUACCUGAGUUUUUGACGCUUCCUCUUUAUUACUUUAAAAUAUUUGAGCAUGUAUCCUUUGGAUCAUUAAAGGUAACAUACGUAUUGAAAAUCUUUGUUUAAAUCAAAUCUUCUGUACGAAAUUACAAACAACAGCUCGCGAACCAGGGGCGCCGGAAGCAAUGUGAGGGGGUUGCUUCUCAGCCAUCAUUUUUCUGGGCAGCAAUAUUUGAUAAAACUUUACUGUAUGGACACUCGAUCAGGGCCGCCGAGAGCUUCGGGGAGGGGGCCGGGGUAAAUUUUUCUUAGGGGGCCCUAUUCAAAAAAAAUUUUUCGGAAAAAAUUUUCUCGACUGCAAUCUUUCUGCCCCUCCCUCGACGACAACUUUUUAGGGAAAAAAAUUUUCCGGAUGAGUACGUUGUAAACGCUUUUGUGGGAAUUUCCUACACAUUUUUUAUACCAGAUUUCGAUUUUUUGUCCGCAAAACACAAAUAUUUCGACCCCAAAACGGAAAUAUUUCGCGCAGGAAAAUGGCUGGAGCCCAACAAAAAAUUUCUAGGGGCCCCCAGAACCUUGGGGGGCCGGGGCAAUUUGCCCCCUGUCCCCCCUCUCGGCGGGUCUGCACUCGAAUACUUCUGGCUAUUAUGGGUCGCAAACAUCGACAUUAAUUAGAACAAUUUUAUUUGUUGCACCGUGCUAAAAGCGCAAAAUAAAAUCAGUAAACAGACGUAUAUUGUUUUAUUUAGCAUCUGGGGCGUAGGAACCGUGGGGCCAAGGGGGCAAAGCCCCCCCCCCCCCAAGAUUUCAGAAAACCUAAAAAGUGCACUUUUCCGGUGGCAAUGUGCCCUUUGCCUUCGUGAAAAAUUUUGUUCAGAUUGCAUUUUUGUGAAUCUUUGUGGUUACUCGAGUGUCGGGCAGUUAAACAAUGAGAAAUGACCAGCCUGCUGCCAGCGCACUCUUUGUCUGUGAAUCGGGCCUUUCAGAACCGGAAAUCGGGCUGAAGCACGAUAAAUGACAAAAAUUCACACGAUGCUCGUUUGCAAAAACAACUGCAAACUGCUUUAAUUUUUUAUGACACUUUCAUUUGAUUUCAUAUGUGAGUCGGCCUCAACGGCCUUUGAUUUCAAUAUGAUUGCAUUUAUUUUUCCUUCCCUCCACUCCCCCCCUUGCCCGCCGGCGACAUUUACGGGAAAAUUUUUAGAUGCCCUUUUAAUUCCAAAAGUGCCCCCGAAAACCGGUGUCCCCCCAACUUUGGAUGCCUCCUACGCCCCUGUAAAUAGCAUUAAUUUUACUACAACUGGUUAAAAAUUAAGCAAAUAUAUAUUGAUUAAAGAUAUGCUGUACAGUCCGAUCGGCGUAUGGGCACAAGGGAGCCCUCUUUCUAUUAUUCAAACAGUUUAUUUAGGUUUUUAUUUCAUUUUCUCUUCUUGCAAAGCUUGAUCUAGUGUGGUGUCUUGAUAAUUAAUUAUUAUACUCUAGAAUCAUGAAAAUAUAAAUAGAUGCCGAAUAAAGUUCUAUAUUUUCGAUACCGAGAUGUAAACAAAUCCUUUGUUUACAUACGGACUGUACCGCAUCUUUAAGCAUUGCUUAGAAAUAGUUCUAAUCUGUGAAUAAUGCAGGAAUUUCGAGGUACAGUUCUGGCAAAAAGGGCAACCUGUUUGGGCAACGGGGGCAGUUGCCCCCGCUGCCCCCGUGGCUCCGGCGCCCCUGUCGCGAACGCCAUAUUGUUUCAGAGCGUGGUGUCCACGCGUCACGCGUGAGAUACUAUAAUAUCCCACGGUGGAUCUGCCGUGGGAUAUUAUAGUAUCUCACGCUGCAUUGCGAAAUCAUGAAUUUGAGUGAAAUACCGUAAAAAAUCACAUUAUCACGUGGUACAAAUGCUGUUUUUUCAUUGGACAAUUUGAAUUUGAGGUAUAAUAUUUGUAUUUAUAACACGCUUUCGUCUCGGUCUUAAUAUUUACCAAUAUUUUUUGCAUUUACAGGAGUUUCGAUUUAUAAACGAGACUAAGGUCACUUCAAAUCUUAAUAUAUCAAGUUUUCUUACUCCUGAUGAUGUUGAUAGUAAUGAUGAAUCAGGUAAUAUAUGGCCGGAUAAAGAUAGACUGAUAAAAACGAAAAAUUUAGUACGAGGAAAAGAUAAUAUAUAGGUACUAAGCAUACCUGUAGCUGGGCAAAGGCAUAUCCCCUAUUGCUACACUUCAAAAAUUUUGACUAAAAAAUUUGUAUAAAAUAAUGCAUCCAGAGUAAUUCAAAAUAUUGAGUAGAGUUACUAAAUUAUGAGCAAAUGUACUCAAUUUUUUGGUACACUCAAACUUUCAAAUAUAUAUUCAAUGUUUUGUGUAUACUUGAAAAUUGGUUUGGAAAUUGGUACACUAUAUGGUACUAGUACUAUAAUAAAUAAUAAUACUUGCAUGCUCAGCUGGCUAUACCAUCGUAGCAUCCAAGGUUGAAAAUUUGAAAUAUAUUUUUCUUUUUUAACAUGACCCUGCCAUUGGGAAAUUAUCAGUUUUGAAAGGUAGAACACGUUUUUAAAGUGUUUUGGGCUUCUACAGUGUCACCGUUUCCUUAUAGGCAUACGUGAUUUUCAAAGAAGAGUAACGCUCGUCUUGACAGUUGCAUAUUUGUGUAAUGUUUCUUUUACAAUACGAUAUCAAAUACGUACGAUCAUCGGCAAGAAUAUAUCGUAACUAAUUUUUCAGUUAGACUUGUGUUUCACAAAAAUAUCUGCCUAUCAUCAGACAAUAUACGCAUGGUUACUUUAAACAAAAUUGUUGUGGGAAAUAGCUGGAAAUGCACUUUCUGGGCUUGUGAUCUUCAAAAAAUUAUUUUGGAGGGAGGGGGCUUCAGCCAUUCAGUCUAUGAGAAAAGUGAAGCCAAGAUGGCGGCCAUUGACAUCCAAUAGCUCUGAAGGUCGUAAACAGUUUUUACACCAUUUUCGCAGCUAAUUCCAAUCUUUUUCUAACGUACCGUAACGCUAAUCACGUUUUCAAUUCAUAAAAUCAUUAUAUUAGUCUCUUCUAUUUCCGCCAUCUCCGCCUUCACAUUUUGGACUCGAGUUCUCGCUGCAGAUUAAUAUGGAGCUCUCUGCCCCAGACAGACAUUAGAUAAGGAUAGCGAUAAUUAAUGACAGAGAUAAGGAAAUAUAAAGUAGUGAUAAAUGCGGAUCGGACCCAACCUUAACCCCAAGCCUAAAUUAAAACAUCAAAGUACUUUUUCCUAUACUUUGUUUUAUUUUAUAGAUGAUGGAUUACCAACAUAUGGGAUCAUUCUCAUUGUUAUUGGUAGUGUCGCAAUACUCCUGUGUUCUGUAGUAGUAAUAUUUAAGGUUUUAAACCACUGCCAAAACCCAGUUGAAAAUUACGUGUGA